UGUUAUUUUUUUUACCAAAAAACAUGUAAAAAUUUUGGAUUCUCAUUUUCAAUAUUUAUUUACGAUAAAUUAUAAAAUAAUUAUAUUAUUUAUUGUAAUAAUAUGAAAUCAUAAAUAGUUGUAUAGAUUAUGAAUUCUUCAAAAUCAUCGGAGCAUUCAGAGAAAAUAAAUGAUGAUGCAAAUUUUUCCAAUUCUGAAACUCCUGUCGUUAUUGGAGAUCAAAAUUUAGAAACAACCAUUGAAAUAAUUAGACCGGAAAUUACGAAUUUAACCCCGCCAAGAGAAUUCAUAUUGACAAGAAAUUUGGCUUACAGAUCUUUAAACAGAUCAUGGAUCAGCAAAUGUUGCAAUACAUCCGAAUCAGAUGAGAUUGGCCAACCUUAUUCUAGAGGAGCUCCGCCGUCUUAUUCAUCAAUUUUUGUAAGACCACGACCCAAUCGAAAUGAUGUUCAAUUUUCUUUUCUUCCAUUCGAUAGUCAAUCUUCAUUUGAAGUAUACACACCACCUCCUAGUUAUGCUCAAGCACAAGGAAUUUUUAUGGACUCCUUAUCAAUGGAUAAUUUAAUUUCCACUACCUCGAGUAGUGGUCGAUUUUUAUCAUCACAGCCAACAUUAGCAAUUUGUCCAAGAUGUGCAACUUAUACUCUCACAAUUGUGCAAAUUAAUCGUUCAAUACUUGCUCAUGUUAUAGCAAUCAUUCUUUUUAUAAGUGGGUCAGUUAAAAAAUUGAUUUCUUAUUAAUAAAAAACAAAAGACAAAAUUAAUUUGCAAUUAUUUUGUUAUAAUUUCAAAUAUAGAAUUAAAAAAUUUAAUAUAACUUUCUCCUAAAUUUUAGAUGCUGUUGCUUAAUUCCAUAUUGCGUGAAUUCUCAUCAAACAGUUCAUCAUUAUUGUUCAGUAUGCCGUUCAUAUAUUGGAAUUUACAUUCCGUAACGUGUGCAAAAAAUUUUUUGAGAAAUUUUCAAAUUUAAAAACACUUGAAAUAUAAAUUUCAUUAAUACAUCAAAUUAGUAAUUAUUAAAUAAACCACAAAUAAAAACUAGAUAUAUAGACUAAU